UUCCACCACACACUAAUGACCAAACCCAUCAAAUUUUAGUAUUUAUAUAUUUCAAAUCUCUUCUCUUCCCUCCAUCGUUCUUCCAACUCUUUUCUCUUGUACUAUUAUUUUCUCCUCUCUCUCAAAAAUGUCUUCUUCCUUAAGAUCACUUGUUUCUCUUAGCUCUAUUGUUAGCGGUAGCGGCGGCGGUGGCGGCAAUGAUAAUAAUGGUGUCCCUGGUGAGAUUCAUGUUAUUGUGGGUCCCAUGUUUGCUGGUAAAACUACUGCUCUUCUUCGUCGUAUUAAAUCUGAGAGUACUGAUGGCAGAAAUGUGGUGAUGAUAAAAUCAAGCAAGGAUACACGAUACGCGAAAGAUUCAGUGGUGUCACAUGAUGGGGUGAAAUUUCCAUGUUGGGCACUGCCAGAUCUUUCUUCUUUUGAAGAAAAAUUUGGCUUUGAUGCUUAUGCCAAGUUGGAUGUAAUUGGUAUUGAUGAAGCGCAAUUCUUCGAUGACCUAUACGAUUUUUGCUGUAAGGCAGCGGAACAAGAUGGAAAAACUGUUGUGGUUGCUGGUUUAGAUGGUGAUUACUUGAGGAGGAGCUUUGGGUGUGUCCUGGAUGUCAUUCCACUUGCUGAUACUGUAACAAAGUUGACAGCGCGAUGUGAGAUGUGUGGCAAGCGAGCUUUCUUUACCCUGCGGAAAGUAGGGGAGACACAAACAGAGUUAAUUGGUGGAGCUGAGGCGUAUAUGCCUGUUUGCCGCCAGCAUUAUGUGAAUGGGCAAGCCGUCAUUGGAGCUGCAAGAACUGUGCUUGAGACUAGCCAUAGCCAAGUUCAGAAGGAAAUUAUAGUUGUGGAGACAGCUUGUGUCUCGUAAACUGGUUGAUCAGUUUCAGAUGCGCGUUCUUUCUAUUAGCUACCUUGGCCUAGUACUGACCUAGACACCUAGUGGGAUAUGGGAUCUUCUGUGAAGAUCAGUGUAUAUGAUAUAAUAGUUGGUUUGAUGUGGUUGUUAAGUUUUAAGCAGUUCCUGCUUAAUCACUGCAACUCGUUUUCUAUAUAUUACCUAAGCAUUAGAUGUAGAUCUUGGUCCAUUUUGUAUGUUGGCUAUAUCAAGUGUUUACUAUUCUUAAUUAUUAAGAAGUGUUCACCUUGCUUUAA